AGGGGGCUGCCGCCACCACCUCUGUGGCGUUUCUGCCGUGUGUUAUUGGGGCUUCCAGCCAGUCGGGAGGAAAACGCCACGAAUCCGUAUUGGGAAAUAAUGAACAAAGUGUGCCAAGGUUCUUGAUCAGAGAAGUGGAAUUUGAGGUAAAGGAAUUAACUAGGCUCAUGUUUUCGCCUGAUCAAGAAAAUCAUCCAUCGAAAGCACCAGUAAAAUAUGGUGAACUGAUUGUGUUGGGGUACAAUGGCUCUUUGCCAAAUGGAGAUAGAGGAAGAAGAAAAAGCAGGUUUGCUUUAUUUAAAAGGCCCAAAGCAAAUGGGGUGAAACCUAGCACUGUGCAUAUUGCCUGUACGCCUCAGGCAGCAAAGGCAAUAAGCAACAAGGACCAGCAUAGUAUAUCCUAUACCUUGUCUCGAGUUCAAACGGUAGUGGUCGAAUAUACACAUGACAGCAACACAGACAUGUUUCAGAUUGGACGAUCAACAGAGAGUCCUAUUGACUUUGUCGUGACAGACACUGUUCCUGGCAGCCAGAGCAAUUCAGAGACUCAAUCUGUUCAGAGCACCAUCUCAAGGUUUGCCUGCAGGAUAAUAUGUGAACGAAAUCCUCCUUUCACAGCAAGAAUAUACGCCGCUGGCUUUGACUCCUCCAAAAACAUCUUUCUAGGGGAGAAAGCUGCCAAGUGGAAGACAUCUGAUGGGCAAAUGGAUGGGUUAACCACAAAUGGAGUUCUUGUUAUGCAUCCACGCAAUGGGUUCACUGAGGAUUCCAAGCCAGGGGUGUGGAGGGAGAUAUCUGUAUGUGGGAAUGUGUUCAGCCUCCGCGAAACAAGAUCCGCUCAGCAGAGAGGGAAGAUGGUUGAAAAUGAAACCAACCAACUCCAGGAUGGUUCAUUGAUUGACCUCUGUGGAGCAACAUUGCUGUGGCGUACUGCAGAAGGACUUUCACGCACUCCAACAGUGAAGCACCUGGAAGCUCUAAGGCAGGAAAUUAAUGCAGCCAGGCCUCAGUGCCCCGUGGGCUUUAACACAUUAGCCUUUCCUAGUAUGAAGAGGAAAGACGUUGUAGAUGAAAAACAACCCUGGGUUUACCUGAACUGUGGUCAUGUCCACGGCUACCAUAACUGGGGGAACAAAGAGGAGAGAGAUGGGAAGGAUCGUGAAUGCCCAAUGUGCCGAUCUGUCGGUCCCUAUGUGCCUCUCUGGCUUGGAUGCGAAGCGGGAUUUUAUGUGGACGCUGGGCCUCCAACUCACGCAUUCAGCCCCUGUGGACAUGUGUGCUCAGAAAAGACAACUGCCUAUUGGUCCCAAAUCCCUCUUCCUCACGGUACCCACACUUUUCAUGCAGCCUGUCCAUUCUGUGCACAUCAGCUUUCUGGUGAACAAGGCUACAUAAGACUUAUUUUCCAAGGACCUCUUGACUAACACACACACACACGUGUUACCCAAGGACUGCAGUUAAACUUAUACGCAUAAGCUAAAGGAUUCUGAUUUCAAAUGAACUGUCGUCUUAAAUAACUGUAUUUCAUUCUCUGGGCUUUGACAGUUUACUUUGAGAUGAAGAAUACUUUUAUUAUUAUUUCAGCAGUUAAAUUUCUCUGUAGAUAAUGGAAGAAGUUUGGCUACGCAGAAAAAAACUGGUGGUGGGGAUUGGAGGCAGACAGAAGCUAGUUCCUGGCCCAUCGUUUUUUGAGGUGGAAAAGAUAAAAUUAUUUGCCUUCAAUGUAAUGUUUUGAAUAACAUGCCUUUAAUAUCUAAAAAUGUCUUUUUUAAAGUAUAUAACUGAGGGUAAAAGUGAUCAGUUCAAAAGGACAUUCGUUUACAGCUUGGAUGCAAACAUUAUGUAAAAUAGAGCAACAUGUAUAGUAACUCCUUUUUCUAUUUACCUUUACUAUGAAAAAAUAUCCUAGAUGACUUGGAUAGAGUAGCAUGGUAGUGGUGUGUUGCAUCCAUUGAUUGGAUGUGUAGAAUAGUUCUUGACCAGAGGAGGGGGAAAUGGUAGAGGAGUUCUCUUUAUUUUGUAAAAGCUUAAGUGAGCAGCAUAGUGUUGAUAGAAAAGCAGAAGGUUUAAAAACAAAAUUAAAUCAAAUUACAUUGAUGUGCUUUUUUUAAAAAAAGUGCUUAACCACAUGUCAGGUAAUCCAGAUAAACUCUUGGUUCUUUUUUCUCUCUCUUUCUCUGUCUGGUAGAACUGUAACAAACGAACUGGUCACAUAACAUUUACCUGAUACUUGGAAUAUGCAAUUUAUCCUCAAUGAAGUUAUUUUCUCCCUCUGUGUUAAGUAUUCUGUGUUUGUUUUGUUUUUUGAUUGUUUUUGCAUUUGCAACACUGAAGGGUUUGUUUAUUUAAAUAAAAAA